AUGGGCUCUCGAAAGAUGGCUCAUCGGUCGUUGAAUUUGAGAGGAACUUUACCGGGCUCAUACAGUUUCGAGAACUCCCUCUACUACUUCACUCAGCGGCUCAAGGCCAGCUAUGGCAUCGUGCCGUGGACUGGCUUCAUGUCUGCUCAUGCUCGGUUGAUACCGGACCGGGCGAUUGGGGGGUGCCGCGGCGUGCUGACGGACAAUAAGAGGUUUACUCAAGAUGACCGAGCUAUGUUCCAGAAGAUUCUGGACACUAUCAAACGUUCGGGAAAAUGCGACAUAGUAUUCUUGAAGUGGGAGGAUUAUUCCUUCCAAGAGCAGUUGAGGAUCUUCGCUGAUUCGGACGUUUAUAUCAGUGGUGUUGGUACCGGUAUAACGCGAGCUCACAUGAUCAAGCCUGGCGGGGUGGUUGUGAAUCUCGGCGAGUUGGAGUCGCUAGGCGAUCCGGCUCGAGUCCAGGCUUCUUAUAGGGACGUACAAUUCUCUACUGGCGCUCCCUACCUCGGCGCUAUGUUCUACCCACCCAGGUUGUGGAACAUUUACGGUGAAUUUCAGCCGGAAGCGGUACAGUAUAUUAUCGAAAAAGCUGUUGAUAAAGUGGAAGAAGGCUUUCCUCUGCCUCGACCGCUUGAGGACGGUUUAUCGCAUGUUGGGAAGUCCUUCGACAAGUACUGUCAGGAGAGCCCGACCGAUUGCGAAAGUCUCGAGGUCGAAUUGAAUCCCUUCGAUAGAGCAGGGAAUGACUACUGGUGUGCUCUAUGUAGUUGGCCUGAAUAUAUAGGCCUUGACAGUAUGUGGAGAAAAGGCCAGAGGUGUGAGUGGUAUGACCAGAGUCGUAGUUGUCAUUUUAAUUACGAAUUAUUUGAUCGGCACCGGUCUCCUGAUCAUGUUGCAUUCGAUAAGGAGUGUCAUGAAGCCAGUCGGGGGUCCAUGAGGAGGCAAAGAGAGAAGUUACUCGCCCAAAAGGCUGCCGAAUUCGGUGUUGAUGUUUCUGCUCUAACACCGGGACAAGCGACGGAGGCUCUACUGAUGGGAGAUCCUCCGGAAUGCCCCGCGAGAUACGAAGAAGGUCGGACAUGUUCCUGCCAACCGCUCGUGUGGAUGUGA